AUGCAAGAAUUUGAUUUUGAAUGUCUAAGAGAUCAAACAAUUAAUUUACUCGAAGAAUUAAAGAAUUCUAAAAAUCAAGAAACUUUAAAAGAAAAAAUAAGUGCAUUAUGGAAAAAUAUUCCUAUUUCCAAUAUUGAGAAGGAAGAUUCAAUUACAUUAUAUAAAUGGGAUUAUAACUAUAGUAAAGAGGCAACUAUCUAUAUGAUUAUAUAUCAUUUAUACAAUAUUGGAUGUGAUAAUAUUGUCGAAACAUUUUAUAACGAAUAUUCUGGAGACCACAAAAAAUACUUAAAUAUUUGCAUAAAUAAUUAUAAAGAAUUUGUUUAUUACACAAACAAAUUUAAAGAAAAUGAUUUUAUGCUAAAAAACUUUAUAAACCAAAUCGGUGUAUCAGAGGAGUUAAUUUUUGCAUACAAUAUUUUAAGAUUUUUAGAGUCAAAAAGUUUAAAGCAAAGUAUUAAAGAACUUCAACAAACCCUCAGUCCAAUUAUUACAAAUUUUUCUGAGGAACUAAAAGAAUAUUUAAAAUGUCUUGUAUUACCACAAUAUACAAAUAUUUUAAAAAAAGAUGUAAAAUUAAAAAUACAACAUCUUUUUAUAAAAGAUUUUUGCAAUUUAAGAGAUUUUGUAAAUGGGGAUUUUUUACCAAUAGUUUUUGAACAAGGUUGUAUUGGAUUUAAUUUUUUAAGUAAGCAUGAACAUGCAUUUAAAAAUUUUGAAGAUAUUAUACUACCCGUAGAAAUUCCUCUAGGUAAGAAAAAGCAAUAUCACUCGUUAUUUGUAUGUCCAGUUAUUAAAGAAGUAUGUUCUGAAGAAAAUAAACCAGUACUAUUAGAAUGUAAUCAUGUUAUAUCUUCCAGUGCUGCAAACAUUCUUAGCAAGUAUGGGGCCGUAGAUGUGUUUAAAUGUCCUUAUUGUCCAGAAAUGAGUGGAUAUGAAAAAAUAUUAAAAUUAGAACUUUAUAAAUAA